AGAAGUAGAAGGAGGAGGAGGAGAAGAAGAAGGUGAAAGAGGUGUGUAUAUGUAUACAAAAGGAAAGGCGAGACGGCAAUAUAUGACAACGACAAUCAAAAAGUAAAAAAACAGUAAGAAAGAAAGAAAGCGAAAGGUGAAGUGAAAGAGGAAAAAGAAAAAGAAAAAAAGAUUGGCAGUUAAGCAAGAAUUUCAUUCAAUGGUCAGCAGCAAUGGAGAGAAGAAACAACCGGAGGUCUGUGCUUGGAGAAAGGAGGAGUUUCGUAAUGGACAGUAAAUCUGUGGAUAAAGAAGAUAUUGUGAUGACUGCCAGUCGCCAUGAGGACUGUUCAAUGAUCCGACUUGAGAGGAAAUGUCAGAGUGAGAUAGACAACAGCCAAAUACAUUUCAUUGGCGGCGGACCAUAUAAAGGGAUUCUGGUCAACAAAAUGGCACCCAAUUUACAGGAAGUUGAAUCAGCCGAAGGACGACUUGAAUUUCUAGUGUACCUCAGUGAUAACGAACAAGAAAACAAGUCAAUUAUGGACUAUUGGACCCUCAGGUUUUGGUUCCUAGGUCGAGCUGAUGGAGUCACUAAAAAAAGGGCCUUCACUGAUUACUUUCAGGAAUUAAUGAACCAAGACGACUUUCCAAAAAAUUACAUUGGUUUCGUUAAGAGAGCUUUGGUUCUGCUGAAGAAGUAUUCACUUAUCAAAAGAGUCGAACUUUUGGUGGAAAAACCUGAGGAUCCUGAUGACACUAGCACACCGAUAAAAAGUUUUAUAACAGUUAUCACUCCCGACUCAUACAACUAUCAACUUGUUCCUGAAGUUCCUGUUAACAAUAAAUCCUUCCUGACAUUCCAAUUGAAAGCAGCCGGCGAUGCACACAUUGCGCUCUCAGCCAUGUACAGUGAGCUGCAAAGCAAAACUCAUGAAAUCGUUAUCGGUGAGAACAACAAACGUUCACUGAUUAGAGAGGGCUCAUUGGGUUCGAUCCGAGCUGAAUCAAUGACCAUGAACGUCUUGAGCAACAAAGAGUUUCGAUACUUCUGGGUGAGCUGGUUAAACCAUCACAUUGAGGUGGGUCGAGGCAAGAAACACGGCCAAGGAAGAUUCCUUCAUUGGCAUGUCCCACCAAAUAAGCAGUUCAAUAUAAAUUGUCUUGCUGUCUCUACUGGAAAAGCUUCGAAGGGAAGAUGGGAGUUUGUGGAACUGCUCGAUGCUUACGUUGAUCCAAGUGAACAAAAAGCUGUUGAUUUUACUCGUGCUGCCAGAAAAGCCCGUUUGAAAUCUUCCUUGAUUUGGUUGGCCAAAAAGAUGAAGAUGAUUCAGUACCUUGAAGAUACAUACCCGAACAGUGCAUCUAUCCAGGAUUUAUUAGAGAAUUCAAAGGUGAAGCAUGCAGACAUGUUUACAGCUGUGGUGAUGUUAAAUGAAAUGCAAAAGAGAGGUCUCAUCAAAGAGGUUGACAAAGGAAUGUGGAUGAGGAUUCCUAUCAGUCAGCAAAACAGCUCUAACAUGAAAAUGGUUAAAGACUUGCCAUUCCUUCAAUAUCACGAACAGCCUACCAUUGCAAUCAUCACCAGCCUUUACUCUGAGAAACUGGCUGUAGAUGCCAUGAUUGACAACAAAUCUACUUAUUUCAAGAACAAAACGGAUGAGAAAUCACGGAGGAUUGGUAAGUCAUAACAUUUCACACUUCAG